CUGGUGUUCAUCAUCGUUCCAUGUUUCCGUCCAUGAACAGGUCUCAUCGUUGACAAAAACAAUUGGUUUCCCAUCAUCUUUUCCGAUUUCGGUAACGACAAACUACAACGUUGCAUUGCACAAGAUAAGUAAGACUAUUUCUUCUUGUGUGUCUAUACGAUCAGAAAAAAUGAAGAAGUCGAUGAAAAAGCUCAACAGCAAGGCUGGAGGCAGUUCCUCCUCCACCAAGAGCAACAAGCGACCGAGUAAUGACGACGCACCACAGCAGGCUUCAGCCCCCUCAAGUAAACCAAAUAAAUCUCCGACUGCUGGUGCCCAACCCGCAGCAGAUUUCGAACAGCUCCUGUCUGGACCCGCACUGAAACAAGCUAAGAAGGGCUCUUUAGCCUCCUUGAUGGACAAGAUUAAUGGCACCAACAGAGAAGGACGACAGCUAUUGCCUAGGAACGCAGAGGAGCGUAAGGCAGGAGAGCGAGUAGUGGUCGUGUUGGAAAAGUGCUUUCUAGAAUUGGUCCAGAUCAGAAAAGGGGCUUAUGAGUUGCUGAACAGUGACGACCACAAAACUUUGCUCAUGAAAAACGAGAAGAGGAGAGCAGACAUUGCAGAAGCAAGACCUGAUAUUACGCAUCAAUGCUUGAUGACGCUGUUGGACUCGCCGUUGAAUAAGAAAGGUAGAAGCCCUGCUGGAGGAUGAUUUUUUUCUGGUGUACGAGUCUAGUAUUUUCAACCUAACCUGCUCAUUGUCCCAUUACGACAUCCUUAUAAACUUUCAUUAAUACUUAUAAACCUCAAGUUAGGCACAUUCAUUCACUCACUUCCGUUUUUACCAUAACCUACUACAGGUAAACUCCUCAUCUACUUGCACACUGCACAAAACGUAUUGAUUGAAGUGCAUCCGAGUUUGCGAGUCCCAAGAACAUUCAAGCGAUUUUGCGGUCUUAUGGUUGAACUUCUGCAGAAAAACAAGAUCCGUGCGGCACAAACUAAUGAGAUCUUGAUGAAGGUACCUACUUAUACUUUAUUCUAUGUCACGUCGUACAAUGCUAUGAUUGGCUUUGCUUCUGGUGUUAGUUUGCCCACAUUUUAUCAUCACAAUCAAUUAGGCCUCUACUACUUUUCUCACCUUCACUUCUAUCUAACAUUAGGUGAUCGCCAACCCCGUAGAGAAGUAUCUUCCACCCGGCGGUCGCAAAGUUGGUCUUUCAGUCGCGGGUGAAAGUGUCAAUGCGCGGGAUUACUGCGCAAUGCUAGCCGCUGAGCAAAAAGCAAUUAGCGGUAAGUCGGAAGAAAACAGCAGUAAAGCAAAAGCGGACGAGGACAGUGACGCAGAAGAGCCAACGCUAGUAGAAAAUUCCACUGGCAAAGGCGCAUUGCCGAUCACCUUUGUCAUCGGAGCCGUCGCCCAUUGCGACCCUGCAAGCGAAAGUGGCUUCGGAUUGGACUACAUCAGCGACAAAAUCUCCAUUUCGCCCUUUGGUCUUUCCGCAUCUUGCGUGUGCUCAAAAUUGUGCCAUGAGUUUGAGCAUUUGUGGAACGUAUAGGGAGGAUGCUGAUUCGACAGGAAUUGCAACUCGCCUGCGAUUGCGGGGAUAACAACAGGGAUAUGUUGACUUCGCAAGACUCAGAAUCUUUUCAGCUUCCAGACUCGCACAAGCGCUUGUAACCACUCAAAAGAAAAUUUUUAUUCGGCACAAUUACACUUGUGCUAACCCGCAACAAGUAUCUCAUC